UUAGGUCGUCUAAAGAUGGCCGACUCUGAUUCGGAAGCGAGUAGUAAUGAAAAUAUUUUAACAGAAUCUUUCCUCCAUUUGGAAGAAAUAGACGUGAACCUAUACAGGGGUGCAAAUUUGUUCCAUCCCAUUGGGUCAAGGUCAGUGUAUGGAGGUCAAGUCGUAGCUCAUGCCCUGCGAGCAGCAUACACAACUGUGCCAGUCCAGCACCAUGUACAUAGUGUACACUGCUACUUCCUGAAGGGAGGAAGUGCAGACACGCCCAUCCUGUACCAUGUGGACCACACCCGUGAGGGGCGGACAUACUGCAACCGCAAUGUCAAGGCCAUACAAGAAGGAGCACCAAUCUUCACCAUGCAGGCAUCCUUCAAGAGAGUGGAGACUGACCUGUAUACCCACCAGUACUCUAUGCCUAAGGUGCCUGGGCCGGAGGGACUGCUGUCUAGUGUUGAGAUCAUGGAGAGGCAGCUGAAGACUGACAGUGUGUCAGCCAGAAGGAAACGAUACAUAAAGAAGAAACUGACAGAAAGUGUGACAUACGAAAACCGCCCCGUGAAUGAGCAGUACUCUUAUAGAGAGGAACCGCUGGAAGCUGUCUCCUACAACUGGGUCAGAGCUCUUGGACAUAUAGGUGAUGACUCAAAGAUGCACGAGUGUGUAGCUGUUUAUCUGUCGGACUCUAUCCUGGACGUCUCUCUCCUCCCUGCUGGGGUCUAUGGAAAGGACAGUAGCCAGAGAAUGUUCGUGACGUCCCUGGAUCACUCUGUGUGGUUUCACAACCCCUUCCGUAUCGAUGAGUGGAUGCUUUAUGAGAAGGAGAGUCCACAUUGUGGAGAUGGGCGGGCAAUGACCCAGGGUCGACUUUGGAAGAGGGACGGCACGCUAGCCAUGUCCGUAGCCCAAGAGGGCGUCGUCAGGACCUUCAAGUCGAGUUUAUGAUACACAUAUACGACAGGAAAAGGGAACAGUGAAACUGUUAAUCCAGACCCCGUGUCCC